GCCAGGAUCUCCCAAACUAUCCAGUCCUGGCACCAAGGAAGUCUGGAAAAGUGCCCCAGUGGCUCGGGGCCAAGUCAGAGGCGGGCUGCAGGGUCCCCCAGCCCGGGCACGGAGGGAGCAGGUCCCUGUAAGACAGAGGCCUCUUCCCAUGGUGCGCCUGCCCUCGGCCUUGGCACAGGGAGCUCAGGCCUUGACCUCCCCGCUCCCUCGCCUUACCCCUCCUCCAGCAGCCGACCCACGCCCUGCUUGCUCUUCCAGUCCAGCCAACACUCCAAGCAGGCACCGCCUCCAUUCGCAGCCCCCGGGAUGAGUCUCACUCCCUACCCCAGCUCCCCAGGCCCCCUCCACCCAGUCGGCUAGCCCUCGCCCCUGCCAUCCGAUAUUAAAAUGUCUGAUGAUGCUGGCGACACCUUAGCCACUGGAGACAAAGCAGAAGUUACUGAGAUGCCUAAUAGUGAUUCUUUACCUGGAGAUGCAGAAGUAAAUUGUGAUUCAGCUGCAAUUUCACAUGAGCCAACACCAGCUGACCCCAGAGGGGAGGGGCAUGAAAAUGCAGCUGUGCAGGGUGCAGGGGCUGCCACCAUUGGGCCCCCUGUGCAGCCUCAAGAUCCCAACACCAUGGAGCCCCCUCUCAAUGGAGAAGUGACUGAGGAUACACUUGCUGAGUGUAUUGAUUCCGUCAGCCUUGAGGCAGAAGCCAGAUCCGAAAUACCCCUGCAAGAACAGAAUUAUCCGGCUGUGGAUUCCCCUCCAAGUGGAGGAGGAUGGGCAGGCUGGGGAUCCUGGGGCAAAUCUCUGCUGUCAUCUGCAUCUGCCACCGUAGGUCAUGGAUUGACGGCAGUCAAGGAAAAAGCAGGGGCCACUCUACGGAUUCAUGGUGUAAAUUCUGGAUCUUCUGAAGGGGCCCAACCAGACACUGAAAACGGAGUCCCUGCAAUAACAGAUGCAGCCACAGAUCAGGGCCCUGCAGAAAGCCCACCCACCUCCCCUUCAUCGGCCUCUCGGGGUAUGCUGUCUGCCAUCACCAAUGUGGUUCAAAACACUGGUAAAAGCGUCUUAACUGGAGGCCUUGAUGCGUUGGAAUUCAUCGGCAAGAAAACCAUGAAUGUCCUUGCAGAAAGUGACCCGGGCUUUAAGCGGACCAAGACGCUCAUGGAGAGAACUGUUUCCUUGUCUCAGAUGUUAAGGGAAGCUAAGGAGAAGGAGAAGCAGAGACUGGCACAGCAGCUCACAAUGGAGAGAACUGCACACUACGGGAUGCUGUUUGAUGAGUAUCAAGGCUUGUCACACCUGGAAGCCCUGGAAAUUCUGUCCAAUGAAAGCGAAAGCAAGGUUCAGUCAUUUUUAGCAUCACUUGAUGGAAAGAAGCUGGAACUCUUAAAAAAUGACCUAAUUUCCAUUAAAGACAUCUUUGCAGCUAAAGAAUUAGAGAAUGAAGAAAGUCAAGAAGAACAAGGCUCAGAAGAAAAGGGAGAAGAAUUUGCUCGCACGCUUACAGAACUUCUCUUUGAAUUACAUGUGGCGGCCACACCUGACAAACUCAAUAAGGCCAUGAAGAAGGCUCAUGACUGGGUGGAAGAGGAUCAGACCGUGGUGUCAGUAGAUGUGGCAAAAGAGUCCGAGGAGGAAACAAAGAAGGAAGGAAAGGAAGAGAAACCUCAAGACCUUCAAGAAGACAAAAAGGAGGAAAAGAGAACUAAGACCAUAGAGGAAGUAUACAUGUUGUCCAUUGAAAGUCUGGCAGAGGUAACAGCACGCUGUAUUGAGCAGCUUCAUAAAGUAGCAGAAUUAAUUCUUCAUGGACAAGAAGAGGAAAAACCAGCUCAGGACCAGGCAAAAGUUCUAAUAAAAUUAACUACUGCAAUGUGCAAUGAAGUGGCCUCCUUAUCAAAGAAGUUUACCAAUUCUUUAACCACUGUUGGGAGCAACAAGAAGGCCGAGGUCCUCAACCCCAUGCUCAGUAGCGUAUUGUUAGAGGGCUGCAACAGCACGACAUACAUACAGGAUGCCUUCCAGCUGCUGCUGCCUGUUCUGCAGGUCUCACAUAUCCAGACCAGUUGUUUGAAAGCACAGCCGUGACCUGGCCAGACUCCAUCUAGUUAAAGGAGACAGCUGGCCGCCUUGCCUCAAUAUGUACCAUUUAAGGGGAUGUUCUCUGUGCACCUGGCCACAGACACCCAUUUGAGGACACUACAAGCAAUUUUGCACAGACAAUGUUGAGAAUGCAAAUUUAGAGAGAGUUAUCAUUUCUCUCAAUGUGUAUAAUUAUUUUUACAAACAAUUGUGUUUUCUUUAAGUUAAUUUAAACUUACACGGCUUAUAUUGAAAAUUUCCUUUCAUCUGAAAUUUAUUUACAGAUAUUCAUGUUCAUUUUCCUGGUUAAGCAUGCUGUAUUUAAAAUUCAUGGGCAGACCUUAGGCUUUUUUUUUAAUCCUUUAAAUUUCAACCUUUAAAUGUUCCGUUCUUAUAGUAUUACUUUAAAUCAAUUCUAAAACUGAACUUUGUUUUGUUACAUAAAUGUCGCAGGCAAAAAUAACACUACUUAUGGAUUUUACGUAUUAUGGUAAAAAAAGGAACAUAUGGUCAUUCUUUUUUUUUUUUUUUUUUUUUUUUGAGAUGGAGUCUCGCUCUAUCACCAGGCUGGAGUGCGUUGGCACAAUCUCGGCUCACUGCAGCCUCCUCCUCCUGGGUUCAAGUGAUUCUCCUGCCUCAGCCUCCUGAGUAGCUGGGACUACAGGCAUGCGCCACCACACCCAGCCAAUUUUUUGUUUGUAUUUUUGGUAGAGACGGGGUUUCACUAUGUUGGCCAGGAUGGUCUCGAUCUGCUGACCUCAUGGUCCCCCACCUCAGCCUCCCAAAGUGCUGGGAUUACAGGCUUGAGCCACUGUGCCCAGCCAGUCAUUCAUUCUUGCAACAAGCGUUUAUUGAGCACCUACUGUGUGCUCACAGUAAAGAAACAUGAUCUUAUCCCAGUAGAAGUAGAUAUUCUGAAAGAGAAUAAUUCUUAAACUGCUUAAAACAGGGGUCCCCACCCCCAGGCCACAGACCAGUACCAGUCCAUGGUCUGUUAGGAACCAGGCCACACAGCAGGGGGUGAGUGGUGGGUGAGUGAGCACAGCUUCAUCUGUAUUUACAGCUGCUCCCCAUAGCUUGCAUUACCACCUGAGCUCCGCCUCCUGUCAGAUCAGCAGCAGCGACAUUAGAGUCUCACAGGAGUGUGAACCCUAUUGUGAACUGCACAUGCGAGCGAUCUAGGUUGUGUGCUCCUUGUGAGAAUCUAAUGCCUGAUGAAUCUGAAUCUAACGCCUGAUGAUCUGAGGUUGAACAGUUUCAUGCCGAAACCAUCCCCCACCCCCAUCCUGCUACCCCCAGUCCGUGAAAAAAUUGUCUUCCAUGAAACUGGUCCCUGGUACCAAAAAGGUUGGGGACCACUGGCUUAAAAUACCAAUAAAUUUUUAAACCCUAAAAACUUUGAAGAACAAGGUAAAUUCGUGGGGUUUUUUUAAUGUCCUACCCUUUAAUUUGUUGUAUUUUCCUAUACUUUUUACACUAUUUUAUCCCGAACUAUAUAUAUGAGGUGAAAAUAUAUAUGAACAGGGAUACUGAAGAGUAUUUACUUUAAAAUUAAUUUCUUAUGAUCACAAGCACAUGAUGGCAUAAUUACAAAGCUUGGAAGUAUUCAGAUAGAAAAUCAAAGGCGUUUCAAUACAGUAGAAUCCCAGGACUGCAUUUUAAAAUCGCUUCACAGAUCACACUCGCUGGUGGCAAAUAUCAUCAUCGUUGCUGAAGGACAGAAAAUACUGAUGUGUGUUUUAACUAACCGGUAUAUUGAUCCAUGAGAGGCUGCACAGAAGACCAUGCAGCCAGGAGGUGCACUGUCAGUGGCUGCUUCUCCUGAGCUCCACACCUUCAUUGCAGCUGCGUGUUCUAUAGAAUACACCUGCUUCACAGCCCCAUGGACAUCCCUACAGGCACUGUCAUGUGAAGCCUUGCCUAGUAGCUCCCUCCAGUGCAAAUGAAGCUCAUAGUUUUGCAAGGGGGAAACCUCUUGUUCACAUAUCCUUUGAUUCCCCUGAUGGAGUAGACUGCCUUUGUUCCAUACAGGCAAAGUAGGGAUAUUUUAAUAUCAUCCUACUUCUUAUUAGCCUUUCAUUUGUCUAUGUACUGUAUUUCAUUUGUAUGUCUCCUGAAACAUUCAAAUGGAAAACAUAAGAACACUUUAUGUACAAUCUGGAAAAAAAUUACCUGAGAAAUCAAUUAAAGAUUUUUCCCCUUU